UAUAUUCGGCAACAUCAGGGAUAGCAAAGGAAGAAGCAGUUCAUGAAGAGCCUGACUGCCUUGUGAAAUAUUUCAGUGUUGUGUGGUGUAAGGCAUCAAAGAAAAAGCACAAGAAGUGGGAAGGUGAUGCUGUUCUUAUUACAAAAGGAAAGUCAGUGAUAUUGAAAGAUAUGGAAGGCAGAGACAUUGGAAGAGGUACUGGAUAUAAAUCUAAAGAGCUAGACAGUCUUGAUGAAGGUCAAACACUGAUGGUUGGAGGAAAAGAAAUUGAAGUGAUGGGUGUAAUUUCAGCAGAUGACUUCAGCAGUGGCAGGUGUUUUCAGGCUGGAAUAGGGACUUGUGACACAGUCCCAGCUGCUUUAUCUCAAACUCAUAUGAAACCAUUCUGUAAGCCAUUCAAAACUGUCUGUCAACCCAGUAAUAAAGAGAAUGUGCUCAAAGAUUCUCAAAGCUACAAACCUCGCCACGAUCCAAAUGCUUCAAAUUCUCUAGUUAUGCCAAGACCAAAUGCAAGCCAUCAGUGGAUGUUCAAUAAGGCUGGUUUACCUGUGGUGGAUGUAGUUGUGGAUCCUUACAUUGCAAAUAAUCUCCGACCACAUCAGAGAGAAGGAAUUAUAUUUCUGUAUGAAUGUGUGAUGGGAAUGAGAGUGAGUGGCAGAUUUGGAGCCAUCCUUGCUGAUGAGAUGGGCUUAGGAAAGACAUUGCAAUGCAUUGCACUGGUCUGGACUCUGCUGCGUCAGGGGGUCUAUGGCUGCAAACCCCUGCUAAAGCGAGCUCUCAUUGUCACCCCUGGGAGUCUGGUAAAAAACUGGAAAAAAGAGUUUCAGAAAUGGUUGGGAAGUGAAAGGAUCAAAGUCUUUACAGUUGAUCAGGACCAUAAAGUAGAAGAAUUCAUCGUUUCUCCACUUUAUUCAGUUUUGAUAAUCAGUUACGAGAUGGUACUGCGAAGUUUGGACCAGAUUCAGGCCACAAAAUUUAACCUCCUAAUCUGUGAUGAAGGACAUCGCCUGAAAAAUAGCUCUAUUAAGACAACUACAGCCCUGACUAGUCUGUCAUGUGAGAGGAGAAUUAUCCUGACUGGUACUCCAAUCCAAAAUGACUUGCAAGAAUUUUAUGCAUUAAUAGAGUUUGCGAAUCCAGGAAUACUUGUUUCUUUAUCCACAUAUAGAAAGAUAUAUGCAGAACCAAUUGUCAGGUCUAGAGAACCUUCAGCCACAAAGGAAGAAAAGGAAUUAGGGGAAAAAAGAGCAGCAGAACUCACACGCCUCACUGGACUCUUUAUUCUUAGGAGAACACAGGAGGUUAUAAACAAAUUUCUGCCCCCCAAAAUGGAGAGCAUAAUCUUCUGCCGACCAACAGCACUGCAACUUGAAUUGUAUCGAAAACUGCUCAGUUCUCAAGUUAUUAGGUCCUGUCUACAAGGCAGCCUAGAAAACAGUCCUCACCUAAUAUGUAUAGGAGCUUUGAAAAAACUUUGCAAUCAUCCAUGUCUUCUGUUUAAAGCUGUCAAGGAAAAAAGCUGUGAUACUAUGACUGAUGAAUGUGAUGAGUCCUGCCUCUACGAAGGUCUAAUAGAUGUCUUUCCCCAAGAUUAUACUUUGGGUACUUUCUCUGAAACUGAUUCAGGAAAACUGCAGGUGCUAGUGAAGUUGUUAGCAGCAAUCCAUGAGCUCAACUCUUCUGAAAGAGUGGUUCUGGUAUCCAAUUACACUCAGACCUUGAACAUACUACAAGAGACAUGCAAACGUUAUGGAUACUCUUAUACUAGACUUGAUGGACAGACUCCUGUCUCCCAGAGACAGCAGAUUGUUGAUACUUUUAAUAGUAAAUUCAGUCCAGCUUUUAUUUUUUUGCUGAGUUCAAAGGCUGGUGGAGUAGGACUGAAUCUGGUCGGAGCAUCUCAUUUGAUCCUGUAUGAUAUUGACUGGAAUCCAGCUACAGAUAUUCAGGCUAUGGCCAGGGUGUGGAGGGAUGGUCAGAAACAUACUGUGCAUAUCUACAGGCUGCUAACCACAGGCUCAAUAGAAGAAAAGAUUUAUCAAAGACAGAUCAGCAAACAAGACCUUUCUGGGGCAGUUGUAGACCUUUCCAAGACAUCUGAACACAUCCAUUUUUCCACUGAGGAGCUUAGAAAUCUCUUCACUCUUCAUGAAGAUUCCAGCUGUGUUACCCAUGACUUGCUUGAGUGUGACUGUAUGAGAAAGGGCGAGUUUCAAA